GUCGAGUUGAUUAGAAUUUCGCAAUUUAUAUAGCGAAAAGAAAAGGCUUUUUUCCGGAUCAAAAGAAGAAAUGGAGAAACAUUUACUUACUGUCGAGGUUGUUACUGCUGAGAAAUUCAAAAAUUAUCAAGGAUUUGACCUUGCCAAUUUUGAUCAUCAUUCUCUAUUUUUUGACGUAUAUACAUAUAAGAUUCAAAAAACUAAAACCUAUGAUGUUUUUAAGAAAGAUAUUUCUCAAAUUUUCAAUAUUCCUUCAAAACAAAUAAGAUUCUGGGUCUUAGUAAAACGAAUAAAUAAAACAAUUCGACCUGAUACUCCAAUACCGGAAUCUUAUUUUAAUAAAAGUAUGGAGGAAAUUCGUGCAAAAAUGACUCCCCUGCAAAAUAAAUUGAGGUUAUACAUGGAAGAAACAGACAGACGAAAUGAAAAGACAUGCUUCCCUUUGAUUGAAGAAAGCUGGAAUAUAAUUGUUUUUCUCAAGUAUUUUGAUCCUGAUACACAAACUUUAGAAGGUCUUGGUCAUUUAUACGUACGAGAGUAUGAUAAAGUUGGAGAUUAUACUAAAAUUCUCUGUGAGAGAAAGAAUCUUCCACCAGAUACUCCUUUGAAAAUAUAUGAAGAGAUCAAACCAAACAUGAUUGAAAAAAUGGAUCUUAAUUUUACUUUUAAACAAUUAGAGAUACAAAAUGGGGAUAUAAUUUGUUUUCAAAAAGUCUUGCCACACCUGCAAACCAUAUCGCACAUUGAAAAUAAUCGUAUCCAUGAUAUUCCUAAGUUUUAUAGAUUAUUAUUAUCAUUAACUGUUAAUGUUGUAACUGCCGAAAACUUCAAUAAGCAUCAAGGAUUUGAUCUUGUUAAUUUUGUAAAUCCACCACUUUCUAAAAUACAUUCACACAAUGUCCUAAAAAAUACAACUUAUACUACUUUUAAAGAAAAGGUUUCUCAAUGUUUUAAUAUUCCUUCAGAACAAGUGCGAUUCUGGGUCUUUGUAAAGCGCCAGAAUCAAACCAUUCGACCCGAUCUUCCAAUACCGGAAUCCUCUUUUAAUAAAAGUAUGGAGGAAAUUCGUAUAGAAAUGACUCCCCGGCGGCACGAAUUGAAGUUAUACAUGGAGGUAGCAGACAAACCAAUAAAUGACAGGGCAUGGUUCCCUUCAAUUGGAAGAAGUGAGAAUAUGAAUAUAAUUGUUUUUCUCAAGUAUUUUGAUCCUGAUACACAAACUUUAGAAGGUCUUGGACAUUUAUACGUACGAGAUUAUGAUAAAGUUGGAGAUUGUACUAAUAUUCUGCGUGAGAGAAAGAAUCUUCCACCAGAUACUCCUUUGAUAAUAUAUGAAGAAAUCAAACCAAACAUGAUUGAAAAAAUGUAUCUUAAUUAUACUUUUAGAGGAUCAGAAAUACAGAAUGGUGAUAUAAUUUGUUUUCAAAAGGCUUUAAUGGAAAAUGAGAUUCGAGAAUAUACUGAAUUUGGUCGUAUUUGUAGUAUUCCUCAAUUUUACGAAUCAUUGACUUUGCUUACUGUUAUUUCGUUCAAGCCAGAAUGGCAAGAUUACUUUGAAUUUGACCUAAUAUUAAAUAAAAAAUCGACACUUUAUCAAGUUGUUGAAGCGGUUGCUCUUCAUUUGAAUAUAAAUCCUCUUCAACUACAAUUUACCAAUUUAUUUGACACACUUGAUCAAACUCUCAAUCAGGUUUUUUUAGAUGCACAAACAUUAUAUUAUGAGAUAUUUGAUUUAAAUAUUAUAGAAUCAAAUCUAGAAGAGGAAAAGUUUAUUAAAAUUCUUUGGCUUGGAAAUACUGUUAAAGAUGAGGAAAUUAUAGAUAUUCGUCUUCAAAAGGAUGCCACCGUUAAUGAAAUCAUAGAAGAAAUUUUAAAAAGGGUGACUUUGUCGUUACCAGAUAACAAAAUCAGAUUAUAUGAAGUUAUGAAUCAUAAAAUUCAAAAUGAAUAUAAAGAAACUGAAUUGAUUGGAAGAAUACAGGAAUUUAUGACAUUAUAUGCAGAGGAAAUACCUCAAGACGAAUUACUUGCCAAUUCUCAUGAUCAAAUAAUACAAGUAUACCAUUUCACAAAGGAUCCGAUACAAACACAUGGAAUUCCAUUUAAAUUUGUUAUUAAAAAUGGUGAAACAUUUGCUGAUACUAAGGAUCGUCUUCAACUUCGACUUUGUAUGAACAAAACCGAAUUUGCAAGAAUAAGAAUUGCAAUUGUAUCUGAAUUCACAUACAAAAAGCUUGAGUAUCUUGAAAAUGACGAUAUAAUAUUAUCAGAAAAGAAAUUGUCAAGUACAGAUUAUCUAGGUCUUGAUCAUGUAGAUGAAACUGAGAGCACAGAUAAAAUAACUUACAUUCGAGGUUAAUAUGUUAUUUUUCUGCUUUUAUCUUAUAUUUAAAAAGGGAAAUUAAAUGUAUAAUUUGUAGUAUUUUGUAAAUUAAAGUUAAUAUAGAGUAAUUUUAAUAUUAACUCUAAAGCCUUAAUGACAAGUGAUUUAAAUGACACCAAAUGACUUGGGCGAGUCUUGGUUAUUUCGAGAUUAAAUGACAAAAUGAUUCCCAGUCAUUUAAAAAGUGAUCUCAUAAUUCUGUCCAAAAUAUACAACUUCAAAAUAAAAUUUAUAAUUCUGGAUUAUAAAACAUUAUUGCCCAAAUGACCAAAUGACUCGAAUGACUUGGCCAUUUAAAG